UGCACUCUACUGCAAACGGAAGCCCCCCUUCCGAAUGGCAGCAAGCCAGCGUUAACCCACUGUCUUCUGAGCACCGCUCUGCAAGCACACGGUGAGAAAUCCUCCAGGGUUUGCAAUGGAGACUGAUCCAUUCAAGCCUUUUGUAAAGCGAGCUGCUUCCUGGUCACUUGAGCACAGCCAGAUUUUGGUGAAUCUGUGGUGUGAGGCCAGUAAAACUGUGGAUUUCAGCAAAAGCACCAGGAAUGACCACCUGUACCAGCAGAUCUCUAAAAAGCUGGCCGCUCUGCAGAUUUUCCGGACAAGUGAUCAGUGCAGGGAGCGAAUUAAAAGGCUAAAGAGAGAAUACAGGAAAACCAGGGAUAAGAAUCGCUUCUCGGGCAACUCACCAAUGACAUGCCCAUUUUAUGAUGACUUUGACCGGGUCCUGAGCACUGUGCCCAGCACAGAGCCAACCGUGCUUCAUGACGACCUGGUGAGCCCGGACGGUGCCCUGUUGGCCCCCGAAUCCAGCCUGGGGUCUGAUUGCAGGCGGGAGCCGGCUCCCAGCCAGGAUCAUGAAGUGACAUUUUUAAUGCAACCAGUUCCAGAGCAGGCUGUGGAUCAGGAUCAAGAGCAAAUUCUCAGUCCCUACUCAGAAGAGCUGUUUGAUCUUCCUGCCUCUGAAGAACAGCCCUCUGCCAAGUCUGCUGAGAACCCGGUGGAGCCAGAAGCAGCCCUAGAACCCGCCGGACCCUCAGGCUACACGGCCUGCUGUUCUUCAGGAACUCCAUCCCUGACCCAGCGUACGCUCGCGGACCGUUCCAAAAGAAAGCGUUUCCGUGAUGAAGUUAUGCUCCAUGUUCUUCAGAGGGUAGAGCAGCAGGUGCAGUACCAGAAGCAGAGGGAUGAAAGACUGGAACAAUGGCGUGCUGAGAGGCAGGUGGAGAGGCUGAGGCUCGCCAUCCAGCUGGAGGCAAGCGUUUCAGCCAGGGAGCAGGCACUUGCAAAGCAGUUCCUGGAACAGGAACGGCAGCUAAGGGAGGAGGACAGAGCCCAACAGAGAGAGCUGGUCCAGCAACUCCUGUCUAUAAUGGCUGCAAGAGCACAGGCCCCUGCUGCCUCUCCCACACCACGGCAAGAUGCCCCAGCAACGUACCCUCAGCCCAGCAGUAGGUGGGGACUUUCUCUGGCUGGAACCAGCCCCCUAGGACAGCUCCCGGCUCUGCUGACUUCAACCCCUGAGCCGGGGACACCAGGCUGCAGAAGAACAUCCCCGUUUCGCUCCUGCUCAUCCCCUCUCCCCCGGCGACAGGGCAGGGAAAUGGCUGCCGUGGAGCCAGUUCAGAAAUUCUGGUAUCUGUGCGAAACCUCCAAGGCGAAUUCAUGCAGAAUGCAAGAAAACCGCAUCACACGCACUGUCUGA